AUGCUGACGAACGUUUUGCUGUACAGCCGGCUGUUGAACACCACGGAGCUGAAGGCGCUCGUGAAGGAGAAGCCCGCCCCUCCGGUGACGACAGAAGCGCCGUUGCCCACGGCCCCUCCGCAGGUCACGAGCGACAGCUCCGUGCGUGGGUGUGUGGCUGCCUAUUUCUCUUCUGAGUGGAAGGGAACAACAGGGAAGGAGGUGGACCCGCGCUGGAAACCGCGCCAACUUCUUUUUGCUCGUGAUUUUCUUUGUUUUGGGAGUCCCCGUUUUCCUUCUUUUUUUUUUGUCUUUUUUUGCUUGUG